UCGGCAACGACGAUAGGUGCUUUCGUGCGAUGGUCAUGUGGUGGACAUGCCCCCAGUACCUCAAGAAGCACGAGGAGGGCAAGGCGAAGCGGGCAGAGAUGCGAGGUGGAUCGCAUAUCCAAGGCAGCAUCCCCAUCUCUCUUCACCUGCAGAAGGAGGAAGUCAGGACAGGAGCGAAGCCUAACGUCUUUGCCGUGCUAAAGAAGAUGAAGCAAAGGAAGACGCCUGAUCCUGAGACGGGGUCCUUGUGGGUUAACCCGCAAUCCGAGACCCAGUGCACGGCGUAUGUCUCCAAGUUCAAGCAGAAGCACGGCGAGGACGCCAAUCCAGAGGCCGAGGACUUUGACCCUGAGGUCGCGGUGCUUGCGGGAGAAGGCUUGAAGCAUGGCCGCCUAUGGUUUGGUGACGGGUGCGUCGACCCAGCGAGGGUUCCCUCUCUCCGCCAGAUCCGUCGUGGUCGUAAGAGCGGCCAGCCUGAGGUAGAGCCCCGGCCACGGGCUUCGGAUCUAGCUGUCGAGCGGUUACGGGAGGAGAUGGCAGCGAAGGAGCAGGCGACCCAGGAGCAAAGGGCGCAGAUGGAGCAGCAGAUUCUGCAGCACCAGCGCAGCAGCAGACACGGAUGA